AUGUGCAACUACAUCCUCAACGUCACCAAGUGCCGCCAGUGCGGCCGCACUAUCAGCUCGUCCCAGUCCGACUUCGUCUACUGCCCGUCAUACAGAAACGGCAUUAGAUGCCAGACCAUUCAGCGCGACUGCCGCACUCAACUGGUCUGCUGCUCUAGUUGCCAGAGGGCCUACCACCUUGAACCUACUGUCAAUGGCUCUAAUAUAUUCGCUGAUAAGGAGUAUGGUUCCGACUCUGAGGAUGGCUUUGCUCCAUCUCAGUAG